UAUACCGGCUUACACCUUGGUGCUCUAUACAGCCAACGUAUUUUAGAAGGGAAAGGAUUUUUUUCAAAAUGUCCACAACACGCCAGGCGGAGGUAUGGGCUAAGAUUGACGGUGCAAACUCUGCGACCAAUACUGUAGAAGAAAACUUGGACCUCUACAGCCAGUGGGCACCAAGCUAUGACCUAGAUGUUACAGAAAUGCGACCCAAAGGGCCAGCCAUUGUUGCAAAAGUGCUGGAAUUAAUUUUUGGAGAAAACAAAGAUGCUUUGAUAUUGGACGCAGGAGCGGGCACCGGAUGGGUCGGGAAAGCGAUUCAAAAACGUGGGUUCACAAACCUGGAGGCUCUGGACGGAAGUCAGGAGAUGUUGAACAUAGCCAAUCAGAAAGGGAUUUACAAGAGGAGUAUUUGUGGUUUGUUAGGGCCGAAUAGAUUGGAUAUCGAAUCAGGUAUACUGACUCAACACAAUGUGCAAGCUAACCUUAUGAUCUUAAUAUAG